CUACGUAAAAGUAUGUCAUGUUGAUAACAGUAAGAAAAUCAACUGUAUUUAUAGAGAAAUGAACAAUGUUAGAAAUGGAAUUAAUAUAUUCACAUUUACAAAUCGGAGUAAACUUAAAGGAAUAUAUCUUCUUAUUUGGUUCGGCACGAACAAUGCAUAUUACAUGAACGGCGACAUGUACUGCAAUUCCAAACUUAGUAUGGUUAGUGAGAAGGUGUUUCAAGUCAAGGUGGAACUGAAUGACGACAAUAUAUACGACCGCCGGAGAUCUUCAUAUCAUGGAAGCGGAUCUUGCGAGCUAAAAAUAGAAGCUUGGUACAACACCUAUCACAAGCUUAUGUUCUAUUUUGAAAACCUGAACCUAGAUUGUAGCGAAGGUCAUCUUGAAUUUUUUGUCGUUCAGAAUACAGACUCGAGAGUAACGGGAUUAGAGCAUGACGUCUGUGGACCAAACAAACCUAAAGGUGUGUUUACAGUAGACACUAGGUUUUUACAAAUAAAAUAUAUCCCUCGAAAAAGUCAGCAGAUCUUAGACGUCUUUUCAGUAAUUAUUACAGCUUUCAGAGAAGACACGUGUCCACGUUAUGCCCAUAAAUGUGCCAACUCUCGAUGUAUAGAUGAAGACCUCGCGUGUAAUGGCUAUGACUCGUGCGGAGAUGGUUCGGGUUGUAACCUUGGCACGGGAGCAAUUGUUGGGAUAGUAAUCGGUUCCCUCGCCAGUGGAGCGUUUUUAAUCAUCCUGAUGGUAUGUUGUAUUUACAGAAGGAGGCGUGAAUGUAAAAAUGUUUUGAAUCUAGAUUCUCAUCAGGAAAGAAAUCAAACCGCUGCAGUGCGUCAUGACGAUUUUCCAACACGUGACCAAACUUCAUACUCUCUCGCAGACGAUACUUCAACACGUGAUCAAGCUCCAUAUCCCAUUUUCUCCACUGCUGUAACUGAAACAGACAGUGAAAUUAGGACACAGGCAAAUCAAGAAGAUUCGCUUCCAUCAUAUACAGCGCUGUUUGGCAAUAACCCAAUGGAAAAUAGACAAUAUCAUUUUACCAUGAUAAGUGGAAGCAAUUUAACAAACAUACAGUCAUCAACAAACAGUUCAACAAGCAUACAGCCGAACUUUCUGGCAAACGGUCAAGAAGAACAAAAUGAAAAUGCAGGUCAGCCUCCAUCAUAUACUGAGGUUUUUGGCAAAAUCCCAGUAGGAAAUAAGCAAUACCAUGGGACCUUAAAUGAACGCAAUUUAACACGCAUACAGUCAUCAAUGAACACUGUAACACGUGAACAGCCGAACUUUCUAACAAACAACCAAGAAGAACAAAACGAAACUAUUACUCAGCCUCCAUCACAUACUCAAAUCUCUAGAAACAUCACAUCAGGGGUAAAUGAUCUGGAAAGACCAACGAGAACAAUUUUAGAGACCCCUAUUUGAACAUUUAUUUUUGUGACAUUCUGAAUAAGAAGCAGAUUGGUGAAAGUUGUUUCAGGAAAUUGUGCAUAUACGUCUCUAAAGUUUGUUAAUCAGAUAAGGUCGAGAAACGAAUUUAUUUGAAACUUGUAACAGCUGCUCAUUUACAAUUACUUAUGUUCUUACAAUGCUUAAUACAUUUGAGGUUUUCAUCGGAAGUACUUUCAAAAUUUAAAUUUCCUAUCAUGAUUGCCCGACCAAGAUAGAAUUAUUUUAGCAUAAGUAUAAAUUAGAUAAACAUAGUUUACAUAAAAAAUAAUAUUGAUGCAAGACGUCUUGUAUUAUAUAUGUUAAAGAUUUACAUCAUUAAGUAUACAUUUUGUUGCAAGUGAGUUCCUGCAAUUCAUUAGAAAUGCAAGUUUGACAAAUUAUUAUUACCUGCCUUUGGUUGCGCAACCAAGAUGGAUUGAGAAAAAAUGAAUUCAGGUGGAAAAUGCAGCAUAGAAACUUGUCAUUUGAGUCGGAUUGUUGAAAUAUCCCUAUAUAUAUCAAAUAAAAGUGUAAAAUGAUGGAACAUUAUCGGGUGUAUCAUAUCAGGAGAAUAUGUAUACACAAAUCAUAUCUCAGUUUAAAAGCUGUUAUCGAAAAAAAACUAGAGCUGUCAGUGGACAGCGUGCUCGACUAUUCUCAGUGCUUGAUAGUAUAAUAUAAGCUAUGAGUAAAACUUUAACAUUACAAUAAGCAUAUUCUAAGUCGAAAAGGGACCAUAAUUCAGUCAAAAUGUUUGAUGGAGUUGUCUCCUCCUUUUUACUGACUGGGGUCAUGAUGGUAAACAAGUAUGCAAAAUAUCAAAGCGAUAUCUCAAUGGACUUUGAAAAUAUUUGGGGUGGUACGAAAACUUUAACAUUACAAAAAUUACGCAAACUUUAACAUUUGUAAGACAAAAAAAAAACAAAAACAAAAAAAACAACGUGUGUAGCAUUGAUGUCCCUUGUCACUACAUCUGAAGAGUGACAAAGAUCUGCACAAAAUUUACUAUUAUGUACACAAUGUUAAAAUGCACAUGAGCAUCAUUUUUGUUCGAAAAUCAUAUCGAUAAGGUAAGUAUAUAGCUAUAUCUAAUUUACAAUGCAGUCUGCUACAUAAAAACACAAUAAUCUGCAUUUUUCUUACUAUCCUAACCAAACACAAGAUAUAUAUAUAUAUAAACAACCUAUGUACAUGUAAAUUCAUUUUAAACAACGUGUGUUUAUAUACAAAACAAUAUGGGAGACAAAUUCAAAUCUUGGUACAGAAAUAGGAACUUAAUGAUAAAUAACAGGCUAAAGGUGAAACAAAUAUUUACACUUGCGUUAGCUCAAUUUUUUUUCUCCAGACCUAAACCCGUACUAUCAAUCACAACACGUAUAUGUACAUAUGAUAAUAUGUGUACUCCAUGAGUAUUGUAAUUAGAUGAUAGGCAUCUAUUGAGUAACGAUAAAAUGCUACAUAUAGACACUGUCAGAAUACUUACGUAUCAAUUAUCAAGGGCCAUAAUGGCCCUGUAUUGCUCACCUGAGUACCAUUGCUCAAAAUGAUAUGAUCAAGUUUUGACAUAGAGCACAUAGGCAUAUACAUUAAAUAUCAUCAGGAUAAACAUUUUCUUGUAACAGUCCCUUUUGACCUAGUCAGGGCCGAUUUCCUUACCAAGUUUGAGGCUCAUAGCUCAAAUGCUGCAUUUUUGUACUAACAUAACUAUUCCUUACCCUGGAAGACUUAAAUAGCAUUUAAAUCCAAUCUCGUUAGAUGGUGCUGAUAUAUAUUCGUUUACAUAAAAUAAAGGGCGGCUAUUUGUUAUAAAUUCAGUCAAAAGUUAUCUACCCUGAUUGUCUGAGUCCAUCUGAUGGCACAAAUGACAUUUCAAAUCAGUAUAUUCAUUGGUUACUGAGAAACACCCAUUUUAAUUUGAAAACAAAGGGAGGUAAUUUGACAUUAAAUCAGUCCAUAGUUAUCUACCCUGAUAGAAUCUGGUCAGUUCAAGAAAGGAAUCAAGAUCUUGUGGUGAUACAAGUUGUGUGCAAGUUUGGUAAAAAUCAAAUCAUAAAUGAAACUGCUAUUGUGCAGACAAGGUCAAAAUAGCUAAUUCUGGCCCUUUCAGGGACCAUAACUCUGGAACCCAUAAUGGAAACUGGCCAGUUCAACAAAGGAAUCGAGAUCUUAUGGUGAUUCAAGUUGUGUGCAAGUUUGAUUAACAUGAAAUGAUAAAUGAAACCUCUAUCGUGCAAAAAGACGCAGAGACAUCCGGCCGCAAUGAAAGAGAGAGCCAUUGCUUUUGUUAUUUUUUUAUUUUAUUUUUUUUUUUGAAUAGGGGGCCCUGGCCCUUUAAUCUGUUGUAAACGGAUUGAAGCUAUUGUUCUCUUUUGUUGUCUUUACCGUUAUAUAAUACCACUUUGUUAUUGACUGUUAUUGGGAAGAAAUAUGCACGUGUCAAAGCAAUUGCUUGUUUUUUCGCUUGUUUUUCGUCCCUUUACCCCUUAAUUACAUUUUCCUUUGGAUCAAAUUCGUAUGCACAUGACACUCAGAUAGAAUAUUUUAUUAUUUUUGCGCUAUAUAAAUGCCAUGUAUUUGUAUUUGUAUAUUAAGGUACAAUACAUAACAGUCGUGGUUGCAAAUCGUUCUAGUUGUUAAUUCGAGUUCACUGAAUAUUUUAUUGCCGAUAUUUUGACUUCAUGUUUGUUAUUAAAACUCUUCAUUUAAA